AUGUCAGGAUCCAAUAAGUUUGGCCAUAUCCAACUUGCACCUCCAGACCCUAUUCUUGGGACUGCGGUGGCUUACAACAAAGACCCGCACCCAAAUAAAGUCAACCUUGGUGUUGGUGCUUACCGAACCAAUGAAGGAAAACCUCUCAUUUUCCAAGCUGUCAGAGAAGCCGAAAGAGCCCUCAUUGAAGAUCCAGCAGUCAACCACGAGUACUUAGGCAUUGAUGGUCAUGAAGGAUUUGUUAGGCUUGCCCGUGAACUCCUCUUGGGAGCAGAUUCUCCAGCUAUUGCUGAGCAUAGAGUUGCUUCAUCUCAAGGAAUUUCGGGAACCGGAAGCUUGCGCAUUGGAGCUGAGUUUUUGUCAGUAUAUCUUCAUCCUCCAUGCGUUUUAAUUUCCGAACCAACAUGGGGAAACCAUAUUACAAUCUUCGAAAAAGUCAAUGUUCCAGUCAAAAAGUACCCAUACUGGAAACUAGAAACUCGUGGAAUCGAUCUUGAUGGUAUGCUUGCAGCUCUUAAUGAAGCUCCAGCAGGCUCUGUUGUCCUUCUUCACUCAUGUGCCCACAACCCAACAGGAGUUGACCCUACCCACGAGCAAUGGGAAAGAAUCUUCGAAGUCAUCCUCGCAAGAGAUUUAUUGGCCUUCUUCGAUUCAGCUUACCAAGGAUUUGCCACAGGAGAUUUAGAAGCCGACGCAUGGGCAAUCAGAUCUUUCAUUAGCAGAGGAGGCCAAUGCUUAGUCUCUCAGAGCUUUGCUAAGAAUGCAGGGCUAUAUGGAGAAAGAAUUGGAGCUUUACAUAUUGUGUGCACUGACAGUGAUACUACAGAAAGAGUUUUGAGCCAAUUGAAGAUUGUGGUAAGAGCUAUGUACUCAAAUCCACCACUUCAUGGAGCUUUGAUUAUGGCAAAAAUACUUGGAGACCCAGCCUUAAGAGAAAAUUGGCAAAAUGAAUUGAGAGGCGUUGCCCACAGAAUCAUUGACAUGAGAAGAGCACUUUAUGAAGGACUUAUUAAGUUGGGAAUAGCUUAACUUAACUUAACUUAAUGUCUGGUAUUUAAGGUGUCUAGUGCCGCACCCCAUAAAAAUGAAGUUAUAGCGAAAAAUUGAUGACGUCGCCGGGCCAUCUUGGAAUCGCGAUGGUUAGCCCACCGGCCAAGCCUUCAUCUGCACUUCGCCCAUCUUCGCCGCACAUCUCACCCGGCGCGUUGCCGUCGCCCUUGCCCCGACUCAGCUCCUGCGCGUGCUCCGCCUAAGGGUUAUCCUCCCGUGGGGAUGUGCUGAGAGGUAAAACUCCGAAAUCUUGAGUGCACUGAGGGGCUGUUCCUUUGGUUAUCCCCAAAGUUAAACAGCUAUUGCUGUGCAGAAGUUCUCGAGAGAAAACCCAAGUUGGGAAUAGCAGGAGAUUGGACUCAUAUCACAUCACAAAUUGGGAUGUUCAGCUACACUGGAUUAACUCCUGCACAGUGUGAGGUUAUGAUUAAUAAAUGGCACUGCUAUAUGUUGAAGAACGGAAGAAUUUCUAUGACAGGAAUCAACACUCAUAACGUUGAGUACGUAGCAGCUGCUAUCAAGGACUCUUUGGAAAGCGCUUAA